UUGUUUUGAUUUUGGCUUGCCUUUAACUGCAUUUUCAGUGUAUUGCUUAGGAAAGCAGAGGGGUGAUUUGUACACCCAGGAGUGAAAGCUGAAGGGGUGGCAGGUGCACAGAAGCCCAGAAAAAGGGGUUGCCAUGCUGUUGAAAUGAUGCCAUUUUGCCUUGGGCUUCCAAUCAGGCAAAGGGGUCUAGCGCGCUGCAGAGUUAGCCUGUGGAACUCCAUGCCACUUGAGGCACUGAUGGCCAACUUGGAUGGCCAUAAAGCAGAUUGCCACAAAUUCAUGAAGGAGAAGGCUGGUUGGCCGCUGUCAGAACAGGAUGCUGGACUAGGUGGGCUGCUGGCCUGAUCCAGCAGGCUUUGGAAACCCACAAGCGAGACCUGAGCCCAAGAGCCCUUUCCCCUCCUGCUGUCUCCAGCGACUGGUAUUCAGAAGCAUUGCCGCCUCCUACCACCUGCUGGGUAACUGAGCCUAAAAGGGUAAAGGAUACAUAAUUAACUCCUCAUUUUGCCUGUUGGAGUCAUUUUUGCUGUGCAGUCAAAAUGCAUGGCAGGCUGAAGGUUAAGACGACGGAGGAGCAGGCCGAAGCCAAGCGCAUUGAGCGGGAGAAGAAGCUGCGCCAGUACGUGACGGCCACAAAAGCCAUCUUUGAGAAGAGGAAAUUGGGGCAGCUGGACAAGGAAGCCUUGGAGUUGACCAGCCAGAUCCUGGGCGCCAACCCAGACUUUGCCACCCUCUGGAACUUCCGCCGGGAGAUCUUCCUUCACCUGCAGGAAGAGACCCCAGAGGAGAUGCAAGCCCUCUGCAAGGCUGAGCUGUCCUUCCUUGAAUCCUGCCUGCGGGUCAACCCCAAAUCCUACGGGACGUGGCGCCACCGCUGCUGGGUGAUGGAGCACAUUCCGGAGCCGGAUUGGGCCCGCGAGCUGGAGCUGUGCAGCAAGUUCCUGGAGAGCGACGAACGCAACUUUCACUGCUGGGACUACCGGCGCUUCGUGGUGCGGCAGUCUCAGGUCGCCCCCCAGGACGAGUUGGCGUUCAGCGACAGCCUCAUCACCCGGAACUUCUCCAACUACUCCUCCUGGCACUAUCGCAGCCACCUGCUCCCGCAGCUUUACCCCGAUGCCCAACAGCAGGGCCGGAUCACAGAGGAAAUUCUGCUGAAAGAGCUGGAGCUGGUGCAGAACGCCUUCUUCACCGAUCCAAACGACCAGAGCGCCUGGUUCUAUCAUCGCUGGCUCCUGGGCAGAGCUGACCCAGAACCGACAAUUCGCUGUGUCUACGUCAGCCGAGAGGACACCUCCUUAGCAGUUGCCUUCUCCCACCCCGUGGCAGUGGCACCAGCGUCUCACGACCUGAUUGUGUUUGGAGACGAAUCGCCUCUUGUCGUACGCUGGCGCACCCCUGAUAGGAGGAACAGGCCUGGGUUUAUGUGGCUCUGCGACUUGCCAGCUUCUGCCCUGAAUGACCACUGGCCGCAGCACACCUUCCGGGUCUUAUGGGCCGAGGGCCAGUCCCAGAAGGAGUGUGUCCUUUUUAAAGGACACAGGGAUUGCUGGAGCCAAGAUUCAGUCACUGAAGAACAAGUUUUCAGGUGUGAGCUGUCCAUUGAGAAGUCCACAGUACUGCAGUCCGAACUUGAAUCCUGCAAGGAAUUGCAGGCCCUGGAACCAGAGAACAAGUGGUGCCUGUUGACCAUCAUCCUCCUCAUGAGGGCCUUAGACCCCUUGGUUUAUGAACACGAGACCCUCAGUUAUUUUACGACCCUGAAGGCAGCUGACCCCAUGCGCGCGGCCUACCUGGAUGACCUCCGCAGCAAAUUCCUGAUUGAAAACAGCAUCCUCAAGAUGGAAUACGCUGAGGCCCGUGUCGUGGACUUGUCCCAGAGGGGCCUCACCAUUCUGUGCCACCUGGAGCACCUGCUUCUGGUCACUCACAUGAACAUCUCGGACAACCUCCUCCGCUGCUUGCCCCCCACACUGGCCAUGAUGCGCUGCCUUGAGGUGCUGGAGGCUGACGACAACCAGAUUGAGACCCUGGAAGGCCUGCCCCCGCUCCCUCGCCUGGAGGAGCUCUCCCUCUGCAACAACCGCAUCCAGCAGCCUUCCGGCCUUCGCACCCUCGCCACCUUCCCCAAACUCGCCCACCUCAACCUGCAAGGCAACCCUCUCUGCCAAAUCCCCGGCGUCCAGUCAGAGCUUGCCGCCUUGCUGCCAAAUGUGGGGACCAUCCUGACCUGAUGGGUUUUGCAGGAGACCCUGCUCGACACACGCACCCCCCACAGUUCCUCCCCACACACACACCAUCCCCCUUUUAAUUUAUUGGCAUGAGGAAACGAUGAAAUAAAAAAAGGUAAUUGUUGCUGUGAGUCGCUACCGAUGUCCAAUACAUGCAGCAUAAAGGGGGGGUCCCAGGAAGGCCCCACCAUUCCUGCUGCUGCAGCUCUCUCUCACGCACACCACAAACGCAUAUUGAACAUAGCUGAGAAAAUGUGCAGCCUCAGAAAUCGUAUCCGAAGACUGUUCUCACAUAGGCCAGCCGU